GUCCUUUGCCACGCGCGUGAUGGGAAGAGCCGCCUAGUUCUUCUUGACUCAUUCAAACUUUUUUUCUGUCAACAUUGAUUUGGUUUUAUUGAAGACCUGUUUCUGUGUCUGCGAGACAUCGUGGAGUGACGGAUACCGAUACCCGACUUGACCGGGUAGUUUCUGUUUGUUUUUACUUUCUUCGGGACGGUGAGUUCUAGCUAGCCGACUCCAUUUCUCGCAGUUGGAGGGGCGUGUUGGACUUAGCAAACAAGCUAACUUUUCCUGGGAUGCUAACGGACUUUUAAAGUGUUAACGGUCGCUUUCGAACAAGUUUUUUUCCACUCGAUACCUUUACAUUAAGGUAGUUGGAAGUUCCCUGUGUGUUUUGGCUACUUAAUCAGUAGCGGGUGUUCAACCGGGGGAUUUUCCCGUCGACGUUGCCGGGGUUUAAAUCCUGAAAAUAAAAAUGUCGAGCUACACUCGCCAUCGGCACGGAUCUCUGGCUCCUAAAAUUGUGCCAAUCCGACAGAAACUACAGUUUACCUCCAGCGAUGGGGAGGAUGAGUCCAUAGAGGACGUAAACAACAGCACCGGAGGGGAGUCCGGCUUCACGGAGAUGGAUUCCCCGAUGCCAGUGCGACGGGACACGGUGGAUAAGCGCCUGGAGGGCAGCAGCAGCCCCCUGAACCAGUCCUGCGGGGACGACGAGGUGGAGCUGUGGGACGAGGAGAGCUUCGGAUCCCCCUCUCACCUCCGGUCCCCAAGCAGCGUGAUCUUCGCCCGCUGCUCCCCGUCUCCAAGGAAGUCCUCCCGGCUGUACGGAGGCUCCCCGGACCGGUCAUACGUGCAGGACGACGGGGAAGCGUCCAGCUCUCCGAUCCCCGACUGCCCCGACACACCUCCACACAAAACCUUCAGAAAACUCAGACUCUUUGACACUCCGCACACACCAAAGAGUUUGCUUUCCAAAGCCAGGAGCGCCGGGUCGGGGUCGUCCAGUCGGAGAGUCGCCCUGUUCAAGAAUGUGGAGCCUUCAAGAAAGUCUCUCUCAGACAGCAGCAGGAGACAGCAGACGCCUCUGGUCAACUUUAACCCUUUCACCCCCGACUCCCUGCUCAUACAGUCCGCCACACAGCAGAGGAACAGGAAGAGAGCGCACUGGAAUGACUCCUGUGGAGAAGACAUGGAGGCGAGCGACGGAGAGGGAGAGGAGGAAUUAUUGCCACCAUCAAAG